AGCUUCGUUCCCUGUCAUUGUUAUUUGUUUAGGCCCGCUCCCGGAGCUAAAAAUAUACACACCUCGCACCGAGACACAAUCAAAGAUCCCUACUUCCCAGAUUCCCAGCUUCCAGAAUCUAGACGAUGGCUGAAGGCUUCAAGAAGUACUUCAAUGGGACCACCAUCAAUGGACGCGCCAAUGUGGCCAAGGCCACAUACGCCACGUUGGCCCUGCUGUUCAUCAUCUACCGGAUGCGCCGCGGAUCGGGCAAGUCGUCCGGCGAACUGGCCAGUGGCAAGUGCAGCUGCGAAUCGGACCACCAGUCGGCACUCGACGGCGACAUUGGCGUCUAUGGCGUGGAUCCCGACUGCUCCGUUUGCCGGGAGAAGGCGGAGCGGGCGAUGAGCGAGUACGAUCGGGAGCAGCAGCGUCGGGCGGCGGAGGAAGAUGAGAACGGUUGCCGCGACGAUCCGCCGCCGCCACCACCGCCAUCAUCCUCUGGAGGAGGAGGAGGAGGGGCCGGCGCAGCUCCGCGACGCAAGUGUCCCUGCGAGGAGACGCAACGCCGUGCGGAGGGAGCCGUCAAGCAGAGCAGCAACAAAGUGCGCGGGCAGCAGAUCCAGCCGCCGUACCAAUACCACCAGUACCUGCAGCCGGAGGGCGAGCCAGUGCGUCCGGUCAGCGAAGUGAUGACCCAAGUCCACGGUGCCAUCUACCGGGUGCUGCGCGGCGUCUAUGGCAUUGUCAUGGGCAAUGCGGCGGUGAACACGAGUGGCGGUGGCGGUGGCGGAACCGCUGGCGAUGCCCAGACCGCCGGCGUCUCGGCGGACGAGCUGGAGGAGGAGGACGAGCGGGACGACGGCCAGGAGUACGAGAACGGGGACGAGACGCCCCUGAAGCGGCGCACUGCCCCCCGAUCCUGUGUGCCCACCAACAGUGGUCAGGAAACCUCGGCGGGAGAAACGGAGGAGGCCGCCGAUGCAGAUGACCAGCCGAAGGAGUCCGCCGAGUACAGCGCCUUCAGCGAUGGCUUCGCCUCUGGCUUGUACUUCACCAGCGACGAGAAGUGAGUGGCGAGCCACUGGGACGGGACUCCAUCGGUUGCCACUGGUCUCCGAGGCAGACCUCUCGGGAUUUUCCAAAUUCUCAGUACGAAAUACAUACUGAAGAUUGAACUACUUUCGUUCAAAAAAAUUUUAAUCUUUCGUGUUUAUAGAAAUUCUCAAAAAAAAAACAAAUGGGAUUUUCUAAAUUCUCAGUAAAAAAAUAAACACUGAAGAAAUA